GAUUGUGUUCACAACAUCGUCUCUGCCCCGCCUACCUUGCCUGUUCGGCGACAGUGGUCAAGAGAGAAACAAGGAAAACGGCAAAGAGGGACAUGAGCCCAGAGAGAGAGGAGGGGAAAGUGCGCAAGUGUAAACAAGAUGAUAUCAGGCCUCGCGAAUCCUCCAACGACGCAGCAGCCAGAGUGCGUCCGCCAGUGGACGUCUCGGAGUGCCUCGCGAGUGUUCCCUCCGAAUAAGACUUCUUAUAGAAAACAAAACCAAGAAGUACUUGCGCAGCGUCGAAGAUAUGGCAGGCGUGGCACUGGCACUGCUCUGCGCCGCCGCGUGGGCUGUCUCGGGAGAGGCCCCGGCCGGCGUGCCCCGGGAGGAGGACCUGCGCCCCGCGAUCCUGUUCAACCAGCUGGCGCUCGCUCAGGUGCUCGACCUUCUCGGCGGAGCGAAUGGCACGGCGCAGGAGCAGCUGAACCGAGCGUCGAGUGCCACGAGUGCCAAGCUGGACGCCCUCAGGGAAGACUUCCUGCAACUGCGCUCGCUCCUGGAUGCAAUGUCGCAGAGCCUCUCGCUGCAACACGAUGACGACACGCAACAGGACAGGAGAACCUGCGCUGCAAUCUCAGAUUUCUUGCAAGAAGGAAGCCAACGCAGAGCUCGCCGGAUCGAGCGCCUCCGUCGAGCCAUUCCAGAAUUAGGAUCCCAAAAUGCUCAGCUGGAGGAGGAGAUCCGCCGAUUCAAGGCAGAGAGGCAACUGCUACAGGAACAGCGGCUCCAACUGGAAGCCUCGAACUCGCAGCUGGGAGAAGGCGAGGAGAGAGCCCAGCUGGAGAGCCUGGGACUCAAGGCCAAGCUCCAGAAUGCGAAGGAUGAAGCCAGGCAAAUGGAGGAGGAAGUGAGACGCACCCAACGGGAGACUCGCCUCUCCGAGAUUAAGACGCAACACACAGAGCAGCUGGUCAGUCAACUCACAGGUCAGGUCGCACUCCUCAGCCAGGUCAUGACCUACCUGGAGCAGUUUGAGGGUCGGCUGUACGAAGUGAAGGACUCGCUCGUUGGAGAUGUAAGUGCCAUUGAAGAGGAGAAUGCGAAGUUAGACAAGGAGAAAAGGACCUUGCAGAAGAGCCUCAGGCUCACGCAGAGACGAGGGAAGGGGCUGGCUGGGGAGAAGAUCAAACUCGCUCAGACGCUGUCAUCGCUCGACGCAGACGAACGCGACCUCAACGCCAGGAUUCAGCACAACGUCGACGAGAAGCAGCUUCUGCUGGAGGAGAUCGAGGCGUUGACGGCAGAGAACGAGCAGUUGAAGGAAGAGUUGAAUGAAAAGGAAAGCAGCGUAAUAUUUUGUGACUGAAGUGUUCUCAUUUUGUGUGGCUUCCAUCCAUCACUCUUUAUAAUGGUAAUCGGUGCAUAUGUGUAUUACUUGUCCCUCAUUUAAGAAUGAAAAAAAGUUCUUUCCAAGGGAAGGACCCGGCUAACUGAUGCUCGCCUGGAGAAGUCCCUUCGACUUCUUCGUCAGAGAAUGAAGUUGACUUUGGCAAAGUAGUAAAGACCAAACAGCGGCAGACCCGCUAAAUGGACCAGAAAAGCAAAAUACAGUCUCACUUCCUGUGGCCUUUACCGAGCAUUCCACUUGCGGUUCAGACUAGGUAUUUAAUGCUAUUUUGAAAGGCUUAAUUUCAUAUCAGUUUCCAGAUACUUUUAUGCAUCGUUUGCCUUUUUCACAUUUUAUUAGUUUGGUUUCAGUUUGAAUCAACCACAAAGUUAUAGAAGGGAUUGUCCUACAGUGCUUAUACUAAUGACUUUUUUCUGUUGAGGCUAAUAAUGUUUAUUUUACAAUUGCUACAUUUAACCGAAACUGUAAGAGUAAAACCUUUGAUUUUGUUUAA